AUGCCGCCUCGAGCCUCCCUCACAGGAUCCUUCUCCGUUUCCGACGAGAACAAUGUCGUCGUUUGCCCGCUGCGGAACCAUGAUGGCUCUGCCUGUCGGAAGCGCUGCACUGGCGAGAAGAGAUAUCGCUCCAUGCAGGAGCAUAUCCGCCGCGCGCAUCCCGAACACUACAUCCCCAAGCUCCCCGCCACCGAAGAAAGCUUCACGCUCAUGAUCAACUCCCCUCCGCAAGAGCGCCCUCCCCAACCCGUACAAUCCCAUACUUCUGCAGGCCCACAAGGUUGGUGCCCUUGCCCCGGAGGCGAUCGCAAUGCCUUCCACGCCAACGAUUACGGUCCCGGCAGCGCCAGGGCCGUGGGUGAGGUGCGCCGACCCUCCAUACUGCCCGCCGCCAGUGCUGCUGCUGCCCUAGCUUCGUUGCACAAUUCACGGGUCGAGAUGGGAUGGGAAUCGGAUCCGGAGGCCACUUCUGAGCCUGAUUCGAAGAGCUACAGACCUCGGGCUCGUUUCGCUCCCACGGCCAUGGAGCAGCAUAUGACCGGCCAGGAGCCUUACUAUACCUCAUCUACAUUGCACCAUCAAUUGCUACCGUCUUCCAUGGCAGAGUCACCACCGGGACGUUCCUCCACUCUUCCCCCGGUCCCGCGUUCGGUGAAGCCUAACCGCCCUCGCAAGUCUUCGGUGGGUAAGGCGAAGCAUGAGCGGUUGAAGGCCAGAGAUCAGCGGAGGUUGAAGGCAUACUCUGCAGAGCCACAGACGGCAGCCGCCAUAUAUGGGAAGAGGUGGGAAGACCUCAUUGACGCGGCAGCUUCAGCAACAGAGGAAGACAGCCGAGAUCUGACUCCAGUGCCUCAAUCACCGACCCGCUCUCCACAGAUCUUCAGCCGUUCUUCCCUCCCUCCCUUCGCCGCUCCCGCCCCGCACAUCCAAUCCUACACCGCAUCACCCCUGCACAAAGCCCUCACUCCUCCACCCCCGGAACUUUCCGACCUGCAACCCUUCCCCUCCGUCGAAUCCUCCAUUGACUCCACCGCUUCGGGCAUCAACUUCCACAUGCCCUCUCAAGGCCUCUCGGACUCUUCGCCCACAUAUCUCCAGCCUGUGCAAAUCUACUGUGCCGCGUGUAGGAAGCUGUCGGUGCUGAAGGAGAGUUUUGCAUGUACCGAGUGUAUAUGCGGUCUUUGUCAGGAGUGUGUGGAUGUGCUGGUUAGCGAGCAGACGAGGGGCCGGACGGCGAGGUGUCCGCGGUGUGGGGCGGUGGGAGGCAAGUUCAAGCCGUUUCAGUUGGACAUUAGAUGA